AUGGCCUCCUCCUUCGCCUACCUCUCUAAUUUCCCUCCCCUGCCUGGUGCUCUUCCUCCGGCCCUUGCUUGUCCUGUGGGAUUGAAUUUCGUUUCUAAUCUCACCAAGGAAGAUCCGGUUGCUGAAGAGUUUUCGCUUUCCUUCGUACCUCCGGCUACGAAAGUCCCCUUCUCUGCUGAUGAGCUUGCUAAGGGUGUUCCUGAUUGGGGAUCUUCGCUCGUUGGUUACUCUAUCGGGCCAAGGCCGACCUAUUUGAGCCUUCUCAACUCGGUCAAGAAAGCUUGGAACCCGAAGGGAGACGUGGAGCUCCUCUCGCUUAAUGAUGGCUUCUUCCUGUUCAAAUUUUCUUCUCCGGAAGACUACCAGCUUGCAUGGUCGGGUGGUCCGUGGUUCUUCUUCGGGCGCCCUUUCAUUCUUCAAAAGUGGACUCCAAAGUUCAAGCCCCAACGAGAUGAGUUUUCCUCUAUCCCUAUCUGGAUAAAAAUAGUUGAUUUGCCCCUUGCUGUAUGGAACCCCGCUGGAAUAUCUAAAAUCGCAAGCUUUGUUGGCCACCCGCUUGCGGUUGACUCCCUCACUGCCAGGAAAACUCGGUUAACAUUUGCCAGAGUAUGUGUCCUCGUAUCUUGCAAGUCUUCUUUCCCUGAUGAGAUUCCCGUUUCUCUGGAUGGAGAUGAUGUCUCCUUAAAAGUCUUAUACGAUUGGAAGCCUACCCCUUGUUCUGGCUGUGGCUCGAUUGUCCAUCCCUCCACUCUUUGCCACAUCAAUCCUCAACCUAAAACUACCCAAGCUCCUCCCAGAGGUAGAAGCUCUUCCCGCCACCGUACUCCACGUCCUCCACCUCAUAAACCGCCCCUUCCUCCACCCAAUCCUCCCAAUCCACCACCUCUGUCAAAUAAUCCGACCACCCCCACUCCCGGCUCUCUCCCUACCACUAUCCCUAUUACUGGCCUUACUUCGGCUUUGACGACUUCCUCCCCUUCUGAGAGGUUGCUUACCUCUGCUCCCCAACAGUCUUUGCCCCAAAACCAAAUUAUCUCUAUUCCCAAUCUAAACUCGCCUAAUGAGGAGGCCUCUUCCUCCUCAGACAUCCCACCUUUUAUUCCACCCACAAAAUCUGUCUCUUCUUCCCCCAUUACCUCCACUACGAAUUCCUCUGCUCUGUUUCCAGUCACUUUACCAGCUGACCCCCUUGUUACUUCCCCCAAUCGUUUUGAGAUCCUUCAGCCUGAAGAGCCUCCAGAUGACUCUUCCUCCAUUCCCACCACCGACUUUGCCUCCUCCAAGGGAAUGCGGCCACCCAGUGAUAAGCCUACUAGCCAGAAUGUUACUAAAGGGAAGAGUGCUAAGAAGACGCGCUCGUCCAACUCAAAGUCGAAAUGA